AGAGCAUCAGGUGCUCUCCAGCUUUAUCAUCCUACAAACUCUCCCCAUAUUCCUCGCUUUUCGUCCAACAAAAACUAACACACAUAUACUGCAAGCUUUCCUGUCCUAGGCAUCCCCCGCUUCUGCGGGGUUGAGAGAUGCAGUCAGGCAGUGCAAAAUGGACCGCAAGCAGCAUGAUCGCUGGUGCAGGAGGCGGCCUCGUAGCCGCUGUCGCAACUUGCCCUUUGGAUGUAGUAAAAACGAAACUACAGGCUCAGCCGUUAGUGGUGGGCCAACCGGGUUACCUCGGUGUUUUGGACACCGUAAAGACCAUUCUACGAUAUGAUGGCGUACGCGGAAUGUAUCGAGGACUCGGUCCGACAAUAUUAGGCUAUCUUCCAACCUGGGCUAUUUACUUCACGGUUUAUGACGGAAUAAAAAGGCAUUUCGGAGAACCGUCCCUGGGGCAAACAAAGUCUCAUGAUCGGCUGUAUCCUGCCCCCCAAACCAAGGGUUACCAACCCCUCAUGCGAGACCAUGCCUGGUCUUUGCAUAUUUGUUCGGCGAUGAUUGCUGGAGCGACAAGCGCGACAUGCACCAUGCCGUUCUGGGUGAUUAAAACACGAUUUAUGACCCAAUCUCGACGGGAAGUGAGAUACCGUCACACGUUCGACGCCGCCCACAUGAUUUAUCGGACCGAGGGUCUUCGUGCAUUUUAUCGUGGACUAUUACCGAGCCUUUUGGGCAUCACGCAUGUCGCGGUGCAGUUCCCGUUGUACGAACAACUCAAGGUUUGGGCACAAGGACCCUCGGACGCCCCUCUACGCAGUGAUGUUAUACUUUUGUGUUCUGCUAUAUCAAAGAUGACGGCCUCGAUUGCUACAUAUCCCCAUGAAGUGGUUCGAACGAGGCUCCAAACUCAAAGACAACCAUUGGCAGACGACGCUUCGUCAGAUGGCAUGGUCAAACGACAUAUACGGAGAGGAUUGAUUUACACAACCAAGAAAAUUAUCCAGAAAGAAGGAUGGACGGGUCUAUAUAAAGGGUUAUCGAUUAACUUGGUCCGAACAGUGCCGAACAGUGCAGUGACGAUGCUAACCUACGAGCUGCUGAUGCGACACUUGACGUCUCAGUCAUGAGUAAUAUUGCCACUGCCUAAUAAUGCAUGGGGGAGUAUAUCGCGUAAGUUUUGUAUAAGGGGUUGCACAAUCGCAUUUUCUAGAAGAGACCAUAGAUGUUCUCGUGUAUACUACCACAUUCGCUUGCCACUUUAUUUUUUUUUCUGUCUUAUUGCAAACUAAUGUGAUAUAAUCAUUAAAGAUCCCUUUUUUUU